UGUCUCUGUGUGGACACGUGCUAAAAGGCAAAAAAAAGAGGGAUAGAACAAAUCUCUCCGGCGUCAGAAUUACGUCACUUUCCGUCACUGUUUUCAUCAACUUCAUUUUGAUAUCGUUGGCUUGAAGUUAAGGGAAACAUAAUUGUUCGUUCCUCUCUCUCGAGAGCAGAAUUAAAUUUGUGGUUGCCCAAAAAUAAAAGUUGUCAUCUUUUAAUGUUUCUGGUGGCGAUGCUCUUAACUAACCAAUCCGUUGGGUUUUAUGAUCUUAAUUGAAAAAAAAAAAUCAUAGAGAAGUGAGAGAUAUCGGAAUCUGAGGUUUUGGGAUUGUGAAGUUUCCUGAUUGAAUCAUGGGUUUAGGAUUUUUAUGAUCGAUUUUUUGUAAAGUAUCCAUCUUUGAGAACAGAGAUAGAAAGUCUCCGUUUUUUUUGGUUUCUGGUGUGUGAUCAAUGAAGAAGAUAAUUGGGAGUCCUGGAACGAUGAGUGGUCUGAUUUUGAGAUUAGGGCAAUGUGCUACUGCUGCUGCUUCCAUCGGUGUUAUGGUUUCUGCUUACGGCUUCUCUAAUUACACUGCUUUCUGCUUCUUAGUUGCAUCUAUGGGUCUUCAAUUAAUUUGGAGCUUUGGACUUGCGUGUCUUGAUGUAUAUGCGAUAAGGAGGAAAAGUGAUUUACGAAGCCCUGUCUUACUGAGCCUAUUCACUGUUGGUGAUUGGGUCACUGCACUUCUAGCUCUUGCAGCUGCGUCUUCCUCUGCAGGAGUUACGGUUUUAUUCACAAAAGACACUGAAUUUUGCAGUCAGCAACCUGCUCUCUCUUGCGAUAGGUUUCAGAUUUCUGUCGGUUUAUCUUUCUUUAAUUGGGUGUUGGCUGCUAUUUCGUCUCAUGCAAUGUUUUGGAUCUUGAUAUGACAUUGUACAAAUCCAUCUUCCUGAUUUUACGAAAAUCCAUUUCUAUGAA